GGACGGAGGUGCAAACUGGCAAUACUGCGUAGGUAGGUAUUAGAGCCAUAUCUACGCGGAUCGUGUGACGGCAAAGACGUCCUACAAUAGUGCGCGGGCCAGGAGCAGUUGAUAGGCUUCUUGCGGUGAACUGAAACUCGUCUGCAGCUACUAUAUAUACGCAGUACUGCCGCUGGUCUAUGUACGUUCUGGUAUCAGCCACGCCGAAUAGACUCUACCUAACCGCCUUUAGCUAUAGCUGCUGGACUCGACCCUGACCCGCGCCCUCUGCAACUGUUGUUGGUAUAUACAGCUCUGUAGCGGCUAGCUAUGCAGUAAUGGAGAAGUCUACUGAGGAAGAAGAGUGUUGUUGCUGCAGUUGCUGCUCGUGGUGUCUGGGAGGAAGAGCUGGCAAGAGGAAGAAGUAUGCUGGGAUAAAGUACGAGCUCGUCCCCAGGCCUCACACUGGCCAGCACAAACCAUACCAUCACCAACAGCAGUCCCAUCCUGCAGUGAUUGUCCCCCCAGACAUGCAGAGAAUGCUCCCUAGCAACUACCACUACACCCACAGCCAACAACAUCCCCCUUUUAUCGUUACCCAGCAGCCGAAAGGGUUAAACUCGCCCGGUAGUGGAAGACCACCACGGUACUCGCCCAACUCGCGACUUCUCGAACCGACGAAUCGGACGCCUUCGCCAACCUCGUCACUCUCUGAAGACUCGACGACGCCGGCUCUGACAAAACUCCGAUCUGUCGCCCGCUCCCCAGUAGAGCUGGACGAAAGGUCGGACACUAUCGACAUAUCCCAGAGCCCUACUGGGACUUUUAGCUCAGCGUACCAGCGCUCGCAGAAGAGAAGAAGCUACGGUGCCGCGAGCACACUCACCACCACACACACCAGCAGCUCGGAGGAGACGGAAGUAGACACUUCGUCCUCGUCGCGGGGGAAAAGCUCGAAAAAGUCGGAGGAGAGCUUUUCGAGCGAACCUGAUUCCCUCCCCGUUCUCCAGAUGUCUUUUUACUACCACGUCGAGAACGAAUGCCUAUCGGUCUCCCUUCACGGCGCACAGAAUCUCCCCCCCAAAAUACACAAGAGCUACACUCUCCUAUUACACCUACUCCCGGAAAGGGCGGACAAACUGGAGACAAAGAUUACCGGUGAAGACCCCAACCCUUCACUGGCACAGAGUUUCGAGAUUGGCCACAUUCCUCGUGACAACGUACGUCAGUACAGGCUCAUGGUUCGACUACACGACGGGUCCAGUGCUGGGGAACUGUUGGGCGCUGCGACAGUUUCUCUAGAAAAGACGGAUCUAUUUGGAAUGAUCUGCAACGUGUUCCUCGACACCAGCAGUAACAAGGUUAGCAGUACAGAGGCACGAAAAUUACUUCUCUGCAAAUAAGAUUCCGCACGUGAAUGUUUUAUUGCGUUUACACACUCUGUCACGUGCGGACUAAAAUUGCGUUUUCCACACUUUGCGUCCCUCGGGGUAGGUGGGUGAGCUUCUAUAUACACGCCAGCAAAGAUGGCAGAACGAUUUUAUACGGAGGUCGUGUAAGUAGACUCUAGAAUGGCAUGGUAAACAGUGGGGCGAGUUAUUUUUGCAGUUCGGCAGUUUGCUUUGUGUAUCCGCACUUCAAAUUAGUUUGCAUGCUGCAGGUGUAUAAGUUGUGUAGUUAGGUGUUGAGGCGUGUGAUUUAUUGGAAUUGUUAUGUGUUUGCAGCCUAAGGGAGAGUUACUACUCUCCCUGGCUUUCAAUUCGAAGACAUCGGUCCUCCAAGGAAUUCUCUUGAAGCUGACGAAUGCUGUUAUCACGUCCGACAGAGCCGGGCUUCUUGAUAUCUACGUGAAGAUUUAUCUAGUGUACGAGGGAAAGAGAAACAAACAGUGGAAAUCGUCGAUAAAGCAGAGCAAGACGAGUCUCAUCUUCAACGAGGCGUUUCAGUUCGAUCUGCGAGAGAAGGACGCCACGGACGCCUGCCUGGAAGCCUGCGUGAUGAGCUACGAUCGUUUCUCAAAGGAUGUGGAACUGGGGAAGGUCCUGAUCGGCGCCGAAGUCGAGCACGUGACUGGGAGACAGCACUGGAGACAGAUAAUCGCACAGCCGCUGGCUCGGAUCAGUCACUGGCAUACCUUCACCUCUGGACGCUCGUCCUAAAAUCCUGUACCUCUGAUCUCCAUCAUUGUAGAGAAUUGUUUGUCGUGUGUUGAUUUGUCUUUUUUGAUUCUGUGAUCUUUAUUGUACAUGCCUCUUCUAUAAAUCAUAAUGCCC